GAGAGAGAGAGAGAGAGAGAGAGCGAGAGAGAGCGAGCGCCGGGAGAGGAGCUGUUCAUAUUUCACUGCUUGCCGAGAAACGACCAUUUACAUGUUGGAUUCUGAAUCAUUUUAAAGAAAAAGACUCGACUCCCGACGGAAUUGAACUCUUUCUCGUUUUGAGCCGACCUCCAAAGAUCAACCACGAUUCGAAACCACAGACGUGUCCUGCAGCCAUGAGGAGCAGUGGAGAUCGCUAAGAAGUGUUUGUGCCAGGAGUGACGUCCGCGCCUUUGCCACUUCACUGUGACUCGCCGAGGUCUAUCCGGGGAGGCGUGGUCCUGCCCCACUGAAACAACAUGUGCAUUGGAAGCAGAGGACAAAGCCAGCGUGUGGAGCCCCUGCUCGCUCCUCUGAGCUCGGGAUGCGCUCUUCCCUACAGCCUUUCCCGUUCUCCCCUUUGCCCCGUUUUACGGCCCUGAUACCGCACCGGGUGCCAUGAGCAUGUACAGAGACCCUGGCCCUCUCUCUCAGCCCCUUCCCCCGGUUCACCUGCGCCUGCCGCUCCACAAUGGCCACUCGUCCCCGGCCGAGGCCAACCUAUCUCGCGUCUCCGUGCCCAAGAUGGGCGUACGAGCUCGCAUCGCCGAUUGGCCCCCAAGGAGGGAGCCGUCCCGAGAGUCGCUGCUAGAAAACGGGCAGGGUGUGACACCAGAGAGCGGAAUUGGCGAGGAGGGGUUUAACCGAGGGAUGGCAAUGGCAAGGGUGCCACAGCUCCGAUGCAGCAAAGAUGCAGAGUUUCGAGAGGGACGGACUCCGAGGAAUGUCCCGGGUUCUCCUGCACGUCUCCGGAUCCCGGGUUUCGCCCCUCUGCGGCAGCGUUCUAGCAGCGAAAUCACGCUGAGCGAACAGGAUGAAACAGAAGUGGAUGGUCGUCUGUUCCGGGUGUACGGCAGCACGUCGUCCAUCAACGUCCAGGCCGUGCCCGAGGAGAGCUUCUUCGACAUGCUCAGUCAGUUCCAGCAGGAGAUGCCGGACCAACGCAGUGCUGCCCCCGCCAGGCUGGGAGAACUACUGCGAGCUGAAUCCUCACACCACCCAUCCCCUUCUCCCGUCCCCUCCCUCCCUCACUCUGAAGACCGCCCCGAGAGCCGUGUGCGCAAGAAGAGCGGCGGCACAGAAUCGUCUCUCGGGACCUCGUCCCUGUUUCGGAAGCUUCGCAACGCCAACAGGGGGGAUCCCGAAGCAUCGCGCGGUGACUCCGAGGAGACACGACAGUCGGAGGCGUCACUCAAACUAUGGAUGUGUGUACGUAGCUUUGCACACUACGACGCCCAGAGCUGCUUGUUUGACCUACACGAGGCAGCCGCCCAACGCAGCUACGCGGCCCAAAGACGUAACACAGCCACAGGAGCAUCCUCGGCGUCUGCCGCAUCCUCGGCAGCCGUCUCCUUGGCUGUGAGUCGCGCUCUGGCUCUGGGCGGAGCCGAACCCACUUUCUCUAGUACGGACGACCUAAGUUUGCUUAUGGAGGGAUCUACCUUGAGCGUGGAAGCCUCGGACUCAGCAGGACAGGACAGCUCGAACUCGGGUCCUCAGCAUCAGCUCCUGCUUACCUGCCCCAACUUCCUGAACGAGACCGGGAGUUACGGGGAGCGCAAUGUGAGCUUCCUGAGCUCGUGGGCAGAGCGCGGGGAGGCCAGGCUGCGUAUGCGCUGUACUAACGCCAGCGUGGCUGUGUUGGAGGUGGGGCCAGAAGAGCAGGCCACACGCAUGGACAGACUGCAGCAUCACUGCAUAGAGCAUGUGGACCUGGGAGCCCGAUACUUCCGUGAAUACUUCCAUGGGAAAGAGCACUGGAACUAUUUUGGAACAGAUGACAAGUUGGGGCCCGUGGCUCUGAGCAUCCGCAGAGAGAAACUGGACGACACCAAAGAUCUGAAGGACCAAUACCAAUACCGCAUCAUCUUCCGUACCAAUGAGAUGGUGACGCUGCGAGGCUCUGUCCUGGAGGACGGCGUGCCCUCCACAGCGAAACACGGGACGGUGCGGGGUGUGCCCCUAAAGGAGGUGCUGGAGUUUGUGCUGCCGGAGCUGAGCUUGUCGUGUCUGCGUCUGGCUCUCAGCACCCCCAAAGUCACCGAGCAGCUGCUCAAACUGGACGAGCAAGGCCUGAGCCAGAAGCAUAAGGUGGGCAUCUUGCUGUGUCGAGCAGACCAGAGCACCGAGGAGGAGAUGUACAACAACGAGGAGGCUACACCGGCCUUCACCGCCUUCCUGGAGCUGCUGGGGGACACGGUGUGUUUGAAGGGCUUCAACAAGUACGCUGCCCAGCUGGACACCAAGACGGACUCCACCGGGACACACUCCUUGUACACCACCUACCAGGACUACGAGAUCAUGUUUCAUGUCUCUACAAUGCUUCCGUACAUGCCCAACAACCCCCAGCAGCUCCUGAGGAAGAGGCAUAUAGGGAACGAUAUAGUGACCAUCAUCUUCCAGGAGCCGGGCGCUCUACCGUUCACGCCCCAGAACAUUCGCUCUCACUUCCAGCAUGUCUUUGUGAUCGUUCGUGUUCACAGCCCCUGUUCCGAGAACACCUGCUACAGUGUGGCCGUGACGCGCAUGAAGGACGUGCCCCCGUUCGGACCGCCCCUGCCUCCCAGCGGCGCGACCUUCCGCGACCCAGCCAUAUUCCGUUCCUUCCUCUUGGCCAAGAUCAUCAACGCUGAGAACGCUGCACACAAGUCAGAGAAGUUCCACACCAUGGCUGCUCGCACUCGGCAGGGCUACCUGCGAGACUUGGCUGAGAACUGCGCCAGCAGCACACCGCUCGACACGAGCGGCAAGCUCAACAACCUCAUCUCGCUCGCCUCCAAGAGGCGCGAGAGAGUACGGGCACGCCAGGGGGCGGAGUUCGGUGCCGCCGGAGCGUUGGCCUGGCGGGUAGUGGCGCAAGAUUUCAGCGGGGGCGGAGCGGAGCUUCCGUGUGUGCUGGCCAUCUCCGCCGAGUACGUAGUGCUGGCCGACUGCUCCACGAAAGAGGUGGUGUUCAACUGCUUCUGCGCCGAUGUGAUCGGCUGGACGGCCGAGAGGUUGAACUUAAAGCUCUUCUAUGGCCGAGGGGACCACGUGGCACUGCGUGUGCCUGAGGGCGGAGCCCAGGACAUCAGAGAGGUGGUUCAGAGGCUGAAGGUGCUGACAGUCGGCUGCGAGACGGUGGACAUGACGCUGAGACGGAAUGGUCUGGGCCAGCUAGGUUUCCACGUGCGCUUGGACGGCACCGUUUCCGAGGUGGAGGAGUACGGCUUCGCCUGGCAGGCGGGCCUUCGUCAGGGCAGCCGACUGGUGGAGAUCUGCAAGGUCGCCGCGGUGACACUCACACAUGACCAGAUGAUCGACCUGCUCCGCACGUCAGUCACCGUUAAAGUGGUCAUAAUCCCACCGUUCGAGGAGGGAGGGGCCCGCAGGGGCUGCACAGAGGAACACGAGAUGAAGACUCAGGAGCAGAAAGGCGAUGCAGAGCCGAUGGCAGCGAGUUACCGUUCCAGCCAGCGAGGUCCGGCGUGGCGUUGGGACAGCCCCCCUACCGCCCCAUCAGCUCAGCGCUGGACUCCCGUGGGGCCUCCGUCAGGUCCCAGCCGAACACACAAGGGCCUGGUGCCUGUCCCAUACAGAGAGCCGCAACACAUCCCCGCUAAAAGACCUGUCAGUUACCCUGAGAACCAUUACAGCGUGUCUCCAGUAGGGGCAGAUCGAAGUCUGCCCUACCGCAACCCCUCAGCUAGUUUCUCCAGCCCUGGAUCGGCUCUCAGCACUGCAGCCCUGAGCGGCCCGUUCGUCCGGUACAAACCCUCUCCAGACAGGUUCGGCUCGGCCCAGCGCUCCCUCCAGCCGUACGAAGCUCAUUUGACUCUUGAUGGAUCCAGUGGAGAUUCCUCAUCCGGCUUCACCAGCCAGGAGAGCACUAUGGAGCGCAGCAAGACAGAGCCCAUGUGGCAUGUUGCAGCUCCGUCUCGGAGUGCAUCCGGGGGCGGAGCUCAGAGGCGACAGGCUCGGCAGGAUUUGCAGGGGAAGGAUUCGCCAAACCGACACUCAAAGGGCGAGACGCAGUACUCCAGCCACUCCAGCAGUAACACUUUGUCCAGUAACGCCUCCAGCAGCCACAGUGACGAACGCUGGUUUGACACCAUGGGUGCUAGCACCUCCGGUGCCCUCAGUGACCCUUGUGAUCCCUGUGACCCCGACCCCAUGGGGAAAGGAGGCUCUAGCGACAGUGGCAUCGAUGCCUCUACUCUGUACGCGCCUGCCUCCAGCAGCAAAUCAAGCAAACUGAGCCGGAGUCAUGCGGGAACGCCUCAUAAGAGUCUUCACUCUUCAGCCACCUACAGCGGCCUGCACGAGCUCUCUGCCCCUACAGCCAGAGUGGGGGAGGGGCUCCGGCGAGAGUCGUCACCCGUCAUAACCGCCUCAGCCAAUCCAAGCAAGAGUUACCACACGCGCACCUUCCCUCCACCUGGCUCAGCCAGCACAGACAACUUCAAACCCAGAGCCUGCUACACCCCUCAAAGCUUCAAGACCCCAGCUGUGCCUGAUAAGCCCCGGGCUUUCCGAUCCUCCACGGUCACGCCCACUUCAGGUUCAGCCCAGCUGUCCACCUCCGCCCCCAAAUCCUUAUAUGGUAAAACCAAGCAGGGUGCAUGGCAGCAGGAAGAGAGCAGCACAGCCACUAUGACCUCUACUUCCAGCAGCACAGACAGCAACAGCAGCAAGCAGGUGGACUUAAACAGUAAGAACGUGUUUGGUCAGCCGCGUCUGAGAGCCUCUCUGAGGGACCUGCGUUCUCCUCGGCGUCCGGCGCAAAAGAGCACCAUCGAGGACGACUUGAAGAAACUUAUCAUCAUGGACACACCAGCCGACACACACCAAGAAUCUUCUCCUCGGAAGACCCUUCAGCGGACCUUCUCAGAUGAGAGCUUAUGUAGUGGGCGGAGAGACUCGAGCUUUGCCAGCACGCCCCUCUUUGAUGGACAGGCUUCGCCCAGCGACCUGCUCUUCACGAGCACACUGCCCACCCGUCGCCAUGGCAGCAGCACCAACCAUAGCGCCCUGUUGCCCAAUAAGAAAGUGCCAUUGUCUGCAUCAGAGCUGUCUCUGACGGAGGUGAGGGAUAAAGUGCCCCCCCUGCGUAGACUCGAUCCCGGCCUCAUGCCCCUUCCUGACACGGCAAGCGGUCUCGAGUGGUCGAGUCUCGUCAACGCUGCCAAGGCCUACGAAGUGCAAAGAGCAGUUUCACUCUUCUCGCUGUCUGAGCCUCAUGUUAGAGGAGCAGAACUGAGACCUGUGAGAAGUCCAGUUCCCUUUCACACACCACAGACCACCCGCACUACACCCACCAUCAGCAGUGAUGAGGUUUCUGGAGAUCUGUCUGGCCGACUGUACCACCUUGAGGUCAUGUUAAAGCAGCUGAAUAAUGAUCUGGAGAAGGAGAAGCAGGAUAAGGUGGCUUUGCUGGCUGAGAUGGCUCACCUGAGGGAGAACAACCAGCGUCUGCAGGAGGAGUCUCUCUCCGCUAGCGAGCAGCUCCGCAAGUUCAGUCAGCUCCUCUCCUCCCCAUCAGACAGGAAGUGAACUCUUGACUCGCUCUCUAUAAGGAGAGGAAGCUAAAAUCAGAGGUGGCAGUUAGAACAAGGGAGAUUAUGGACAACUCCCAUACCUGAGCUGUUCACACACAGCAGGAUGUCCUCACUGCCCUUCACCUCACCUCUCUCCACACAAGACUGAACACUGAGACUGCGAAGGAUUACAGAUGAAAAAGGAUGGAAAGUGCAGAGAGAGAGAGAGAGAGAACGAGAAACCAACACACCUUUGAGUCACUUUGGGGCUGCAGAUCUUUAACUGGAAGAAGAAAAGACCUACAUAGGCAUCCCUAUUUUUUAGAACUCAUGCCAAGUACGUCCCAGCGCCUUGUACGGGAGCGUCAUGAAUACAUUCCCUUCACAGCUAUUUUCCCAACUAUUGCUUUAUUUUUGUAACGGACAUGUCUUACCAAUAGUAAGCCAGCUGAACAGCUGAAAUAUUCAGAUCGUACAGCUUGCAUUCAGAGAGGCCUAUUACUACUGCACAUGCAGCUCUUCAGCCAAAAAGAGAGAGGGACUGUGAUCCUAUGCCGAGACUACACUUCCCAGCAUGCAGCACUGUAAGAGCCUGCCAAGGGAGAACAUGGUACUGUAGUUUUAAACUGAGGUACAAUUCUCUUGGACUGACCCACAGGUUUUUAUAUAUAUAUAUAUAUAUAUAUAUAUAUAUAUAUAUAUAUAUAUAUAGGUACAUGGAAUGCAAGAAGAUAUCAAGAUAUUGUAAUUUAAUGUUAUAAACACAUCAGGGUGCUACCUGUUGGUAUGCAACCCUCUGCUUAAACAUUGUAAAUGAUCUUAAAGGAAUGGUUCAAUGAAAGUACACCAACCAAUAAAGGUUGUGCUUUUGUACUUCUCAGUAAUGUAAAUAUCAAGCGAUGGACAUCACUUCCAUAUUUCACCCAAAAUCCUUUCCAUAAACACACACUCUUCUUCAUAUAAAGGAUAAAAGCUUUUGUUUAAAAUAGAAGGCAUUUGGCACGUGCGUAACGUUCAGCUUCCUGCUUUAAAUAUUCGACAGGUCCAGCUCUUGCUCGUGAUCAUUCCAAACUGGGGGAAAAAAAGUGAUUCUGGCUUUCCAAUUUCCUGCCGCCUUAUUGAUUUUAUUUCGUUGUUGUUUUUUAGAUUUCUGUAAGUGAUGCUAUAUAUGACCUUAUACCACAGCACAGCUGAAUUCUUAAUUCUGAUUGGUCAGAUGUUGAUUAUUGUUCUAUAACAGUAGCUCUGACAGUAAUGCUGGCUGAAAGGCAAAAAUUAACUCGUUCUAACACGUUAUGGUUUACAUCGUAUCAACUAAUUGACGCUUCGCUUAAUAUAAGCAUCAAACUAUCGAUAUGAUGACGUUUUCUGUAAGAAUAAAUUUAUUUCAAAUGUACGGAAGGAGUCUCCGGUGUCAGCACGUCGUAACAGUUAGUACGUUUCUCUACACAGGAAGGUCUUGAGCUUUAUAACAUGAAAAGCUGAGAUUUUUUUUCUUUUCUUUUUUUUUUUUUUAAAAGAGAGGACGAAUUGCUGUGGUAUAAGAUGAGGGAAACACUUCAGGAAGUGCUGUUAUAAGAAAGUAAUCAGGGUGGGGAUGGAAUCAUUAAUCGCACAUUGUGCCACCAGGUCGUUGAUUAUUUUCCUAUAACAGCACGUCCCUAAGUGUUCUAUAGUUUAUUUAAAAGUCUGUGUAACUUUUCUGAAGAUCUGGAUGCAGGAUUUUAUUAUUUUUUUCUAAAAUUUGGUCAUUUUUUCCAAUUCCCACCCGAUAUCUAUUGCUCCCCUAUCACACCACGGCUACUAACGAGAGUGUGAAGACAUGAAGCCGGCUGUCACAGGGCAGCUGAACGUUAAGAGGAAAGCUUUAUCUGCCCUCUUCCGCUUACAUGAGUAUGCCAUCCCUCUCACCCAGCGAGCACGACCAGUUUUGCUCCCUCAGUCCUUCCGGAUACAGAUUGAAGCAUGUUUAUGGAAACAAUCUUGGGUGGAAAAAAAAAAAAGACUCUCAUUACUUGGCAGCAAACGAAAUAUCACUCGGCCGACCGGCUAGGUUUUCGCUGAGCCAUUCCCUUAAUGACGGUCAUAUCUGAGCUGAGACACCAUGACAUCAUGUACUGCAUGUCCUGUUCUCACAGUGCUGGUUUCUACGUCCUCCAAGUGACACCCUUUCUUAGACACAGAGUCAGUACUUGCGUUAUUCUUCAUACGAUACGUCCCCCGUGUGUACCGUUUCUCCACGACUAGACGUGAUUGUAGAUCAGUCAGCCCGUCUCCACGUGGUGUCGUGCAGGAACUGAACGCGGAGGCGCAUCUCUUCUUAAAGCGUCGCCGCCAGUACUGUUGAACAGAGUUACUGUAAAAACACAGGACCAAUUCGAGCGACUGCUCAUAGAACUGUGAUGCUCAUCUCGUUUUCCCCUUCCUGCGCUUUGGCAUCGCACUGUGCGUGUAAACUCCCGUCUUCUUCGUCGAAUCGAGACACUGUACGUCUGUAUGCAACAGAGACACAACAGCGCCUGCGCUCGUUUAGCACAGCGCCUUCCACACAUAAUAUAUUUUUCUAUUUACCUCUCAGUUUAGGUGCAUCAGGUGACACGACUGUUGGCUGUUUUUAAAAACCGAGAACAAACCGAUCCAUGUCUGGGUUAUGUACUUAUUCUGGUUUCCUCAUCCCCUGCACUGUCUAUAAAGAGUUUAGUCGCUCUUCAUGAUGCUUUUUUUUUUUUUUUUGAAAGCAUUAGAGCAGUUUAUAGAGUUACAGAAACUAAAUUAGCCAGUAGGUUUAAUCCAGAACAGUUGCUCAUUUGCUGUCAGUAGGUACUGUGUGUAUAUGAGCUUUAAUAUGGCAUAUUGAAAAGACGCAACCCCGACUGUCCCUUUAAUCUGGUCUAACUGGAAAACAUUGUCUCAGCGCUCAGGAGCCACUAUUCACCCUCGACGGCCUGAACUAUUUAUUCUAUUUAUUUUUUGCGUCGGCCAGAGGGAUGGUGUUAUGUUUUAUAUUCUAUAACUAACUAAUAGGAGUCAACACACACACACAAACACACACACACACUCACACCAAGAGGGAGCUGUUUAGACUGGAAAAUACAAUAUAUUAGUACAAAAAAAUGCGAGGAAAAAUCCACCCUGAAGAACUUUAUAAUGAACCUGAUUUACAAGAUGUUUUUUCUUUUUCUUUUUAUUGCCCCCCCCCCCCCCCCCCCCCCAGUCUGUUUUUAUUGUUUCCCCACAUUACCCACAAUGCCGUUUGACUACUUACCUGUUGGUGCAGUGGGGUUCAGCUCUAACGUCAUUCCUUACCUGAAGAGAUCGAUGCAGCAGCACUUUAAUCUUUUAGUCUGUCUAGCUCUGACAGAUCGUGCUAUGUUGGAUUUCUCGUUAAUACGAUGAUGAACAUCGGUGGGGGUGGGGGUGGGAGUGUGUGUUUUUGGGGGGGGUGGGAGUGUGACUAAUAGAAGAAGCUCUUACUCUUUUGUUUUUAGGAGCCAACAGCAAAGCACGAACAAUUCUCUCUUGUGUUUUAAAUUGUUUUUUUCUUUUUCUUUCCCCUCUUUAAGUGCACUAGCAAUAACUGGGUCUUCCUGUGACAUCAGCGUGGCACACAACCGCUAACUUAUACAGCACCAACCAUCAGAUUUGCACCAGAAUCACUAACACAUCAGAAAUAUAUCAAUAUAAACAUAUAUCAUGUGCUUCAGGGUGGAGGAUUCCUUUAAAUCCUAGACAAUUUAAAGUUGCAACUAUAUUUUGGUGUCUUGUUUUGUUGUUUUUUUUGUUUUUUUAUUCAGGUUGUUUUUUUUUUUUUAACUGAAACUAAACUGGACCAUUUCAAAAUAUCUCAUCGUAGAUAAAAUUAAUUCUAGAAAUACGAUAGAGCCUGUUACUCGUGUAAUAUCCCCCUCCAUUACUACUCGUUAUCCUCGUCAGCCUUCUUCCUCGCUAAACGCCUGAAUCAGGUCAUCCUCUCCUCACCAGCUACGUGUGUGUGUGUGUGUGUGUGUGUGUGCCACUUCAACACACACUCACGGCCUCGUGCGAAGCUCUGCGUGCUGAUUAUACGCACCAUCGGCUGUCUUAAUUCUUUAGUUUGUUCAAGGGUGGAGGUGUUUUUAAUGUCUUAUUUGAUAAGUAAUCUACAGCUAGCUGAACCUGUGCACCUGAGUAAAUCAUUAAACUAUAGUCCAGCUGUAAAACUUGCUGUGUCGUAUGUGUAAAGAUUCGGAUUAUUUAUUUUGAAUAUACUCUCUCUGUCUCUCUCUAUCUCUCUCUCUCUCUCUCUCACUGUGUGUCUCUCUCUCUUUCUGUGUGUGUGUGUGUGUGUGUGUGUGUGUGUGUGUCUCUCUUUCUCUGUCUCUCUCUCUUUCUCUCUGUCUCGCUCUCUCUUUUGACACAUCAGCCAUUUUUCAGUGAAAAAAAAAAGGAAUUUUGGUUGAUUUUUUUUUAAAGUCAUAUGUGACAUGUUUGAUUUCUGCUCUUUUGUAAAAUGCUCGUUUUCCUUGUUUGGUUUUUUUUAAUGAUGUGUGUUAAUUUUGUAAUGUUAAUUUUCUUUUUUUUUUUUCUUGUAUGCCGCCCUUCUUAGUUUGAUUUAUGCCUCGUAAAAUCUGAUAACUGAUUAAUCUUUCAGUUUCUUCUGGGAACCUCAUAUUGAUGAGUGUACAUUUGAUAAGUGUAAAUUAUGUUUUCAACAUUUUAUAAAAAAAUAUAUAUAUUAAAAAUAUUUCUGAUUGAA